AUGAUGCGUGAAGAGGAUAAGAUCGAAGAAGAUGGAAAUCGCGACGAACAGUUGAUACGCAUCUUAUCAACACCAAAUCGCUACGAUCGUACGAUGAAAACACACACGCAUACAUGGUUACCAGCUAGUACCACCACCACGGUCGGUUACGCAGCCGACGACUCGAUGACACCAAGGACGAGAGCCGCCACCGACGUCGGUGAUGGCUGA